CUCUCUGUUUGUAUUUGUCCUUAACUCUGUGUUUGUGAGUAAUGGUUUCUACUAUACUAGACACGGUGAGACUAGCCGGUUUCCCUAUCGGUGGGUUGGGUCACAGUGAGAUCACACAGUACCUGUAUGUAUGGGGAUGUCCAGGUGAGACUAGAAUAAGACCGCCUCUAGCUCCUGACUCAACCUGAGUUUCGCCUAGGUAAUCAGUGACGUCAUUCCCCCCAAAUGAAUAUAUACAUAACUCAAUAGGGAACAGUGAGAGUUUCAUUGUGCACUCUGCUGAGGGACUAUAGAGCUGGAUUGCUUUUUGCCUUUACCUUUGAGGAAACCUUCAACCUAAAGUUCUGCUGUAGAACCUUCACUGCUGGAUUCUGCCCACCUGGAUCUUGUCCCAUUGCAUUGGUUUCUGAGUAGUGGGGGUUGAUACAUUGUAUUCAGGUGUAACCAGAGAAGGCUGCUAGCAGGUUUUGUCCUUGUUUGUGAUUGAGGGAGGUACCUGUCGGACCGGUCUGACCUGGUGAGGGAAGGAGGGGUAAGAAGUGAUUAAGGUGAGCCCUCCUGAGUUCUGUGGAAGGUAAAAAAGAACAGAUCACGCAAGGAGUUCCAAGACUCUACAGCUUCAAGAUGACGAUCUCUCCUCUGUUUAGGCUGGGGGCAGCCCUGCUGUGCUGUAUCCUUAUUUCACAAGCCCUGGGCCAAGGUGAGUGCAUGGGUUUUAGCUUGUUUUAACGAGGGGAGAGGGGGGGUUGAAUAGUUUUUAUCAUGAGACAAAAUAUUUGUACAUUUCCCAGGAUUUUAGUAGCUUGAAUAUAUGGAAAAAGUAUUGUUUGCUUGCUUACCCCCUUUCAGUGUCCCCUGAGGCUAGAUGUGCUGACUUUUGUGUGGGUUUUUUUCUUUUUUUUUUUUUUUCUUCUUUUUAAAUUGACAAGGUCAGUUGUAAGUCUCCAUCCAGUACGGAUAAAAAGUAAAACAAACUGACUAAAUCGCUCCUAUAUCUCACCAAGUAAUGAUGUAGAGUGGCUACCCCCAGAUCCAAGUUAGAAAUUCAAUGUGCUUGGAUAUGGUGUCUUUAAAUAUCUCAGUAUAAAAAAAUUCAUGUCUGCCUUUACUUGUACAAGCAAACUUCAUUCUCUACUGGUGUAUAUAAUGAGCUGGCAAAACCCAGUGUUCCUACUGGAGUGAGUAGGGGGGGUCACUACGUUUCGACCACCCAUUGUUCUAGUUACCCAGCAAACUCUGCCACAGGUGGUAACCAGUUAUAAUGUAUCUCUGUAAUAACCCACAGGGAGCAGCUUUAUCCUUUAUUGCCAGUCCUGGUCAGGGGACCUGAAACAGCUCAUGGACUAGGCUGGCUUAGACUAAUGAGAGUAGCAGUAUAUAACUUUUUUUAUUUGUAUAAUCUAAACCGCUGACUCCCUAUCUCAAACGGUGGCUAUCUGAUAACCUAGGCUGUUUUAUCAAUCCUUAAUAGCACACCGGGGCAUUUUAUCUUCCCUGCUCUGUGAUUAUAAGGUCACACCCUGAUACCAGAGACUGUAAUCUCACCCUUAUCUCUGCUCACUGGGAGCCUCCCAUAUAAACUCUGCUAGCUGUGUCCUCCUAAUACUGUAUAGACCAGGGUUAUAGAAAGGGUUAAAUCCAGCCCUGGCUGGAGCCUUUCUGGAGCUAGUUUUGAGCCAGGAAUGCUCAGGCUGGCUGGGUGAGGUGUGGCUCCCUUUUUAAAAUGGCGCCGGGCGGUUCCCUGGGUGGGCAUGGCCGCCAUGUUUACCUUCACCUGCAGGCGAGCUAUGGCCUGUCUGUGCGUGGGAGCUCUCUGAAAGCAAGUGGGGGGAGACUCUAUUGUGGGAGCUUCCUGGCUUCAAAGCUCUGGAAUCUAUUCACAACUUUUAUAAAAAAACAAGUAAAUGUAAACUACAUGGGACUUGAGAACCAAAAGCUAAUUUGGGUAUAAGUAUAUUUAUCAGAUGGGGUCCUCAGAUCCAUUAUGUAAUCACUGGUGGAUCUAUAGUGCAGCCCUGACAUGGUGGUCUAAUUAAUAUAGAUAUCAGAAUAUGAAUUAUACAUAAUACAAGGCAGAGGGUUUUCAGUGCUGCCUAUCAAUCUGGAGUGAUCUAGUAAAUGUUACCACAUGGGCAACUGAGAAAGGAAAAUUACUUCAAUUCCUUCAGUUCAUAUCCCUCUAUGCUUGUUUGGAAACUACUAUAUUCGUUAAAGUAUUUGGAAGUGUCUUUAAAAAAAGUAAAUCGGUUGUUAUUUACGAAAGUAUGUGCGCUUUAGUAGAAGUAGUUGUAUUGAAGACCUAAGUGGCUAUAGUACUUUAUGGUCUAGCGCUUUUUUUUUUUUUUUUUUUUUUUUUUUGUGCACCUAAAAGGACACUUAGAACACGGCCCAUGCAUCUUAUUUACAGACUGGUUUCUAAACAUGUGUAUUGUAGUUUUUAAGACACAUUAUUGUGAGUGGUGUUAUAGAGCUCUGUUAUACACUCACACAAACAAUAUGGAGCUCCUACAAGAGGUAUAUGGACCUAAAAUAGGAACUGGGACUAUCUCUGAAAUAGGAACAUCAGGGAGGAAAUUAAAGUAUUAGAACAUCCCUCUAGCAUUUUAUAUAAUCAUGCAAUGUAGUCUGAGAACGUUUGGUGCAAACACCCCUGGUGGCAUCUAUCUACAUUUUUCUAUUGGAUUUAAUAUGAAAAUAUGCAGUGCCCUUUUAGGGUGAUCAUAAUUAAAUGAUCUAGAAACUAUGUAAGACUAUUGCCAUUAUAAACUAACAAAAAUUUAAUUUAAAAAAACCUGCAAAAUUUUUACUUUUAGUGUUCCAUCACCCCACCAUGUCUGUGCUGUCACAAUUAAAAGAGAAAAAUUUCCUUUUUUUUUUGAGAUCGACACUGGACAGUCCUAGUGCAUGUUGGGUAUGUGUUGUGUGGAGUGGCUGGAUAAACGUUACCUGAUCUCAGGAGUGGUGGAAUCUGCAAAUAAAUUACAAUAAAGUGCUUUUUUGUUGGAGUAGUCUCAAAUAUGUAAUGCCUUGAGUGUAGGAAAUCUUUAAACUUUGUCUUCCUAGAAUGAGUUCCAAUUGUGUUCUUAGUCUUAUGAUGAAAAACAAAAUAUCAUCAUGCAAGUUUACUUUACUAUUUUUCUCUUUUCUCAGAUUGCUCGUGUAAUUUCCAUGUUAAAGGGGACUGUCAAGCAAAUGGUAAUGCUUGCGUGUGCAAACUUCCUAUUGGUCCUGAUUUGACGCCCAUAGACUGCACCAAACGUAAGUUUAUACCACCGCACCUUAAAGCAUAACUUCAUUAGAACAGCAAUAAUAAAUGGAAUAAACUUUAUUUUGGAUCUAUAUUUUUUUUAUUUUCCUUUUUCUAGCAAUUCCAAAAUGCUUCCUAAUGAAGAGAGAAAGUAAUCCUGGAAAGGGUGGUAGAAGACCAAAGCCAGAGAAUGCACUAGUAGACAAUGAUGGUUUGUACAACCCUGAUUGUGAAGGAAAUGGAAUCUUCAAGGCCAGGCAGUGCAACAAUACCGAAACCUGCUGGUGUGUUAAUUCUGCCGGUGUCAGAAGAACUGACAAGGGAGAUAAAAACUGGAAAUGCACAGAGCUGGUCAGGACUUUGUAAGUAUUCAAACUGAUAGUUGUGAUUGAAUUUCAACUAGAAACUGUAUAUAUAUUUCUGUGACUAAUACCUGUAACUCUCUCAUUACAGCUGGGUGAUUGUUCAAUUAACACGCAAUAAUACAGAUAGCAUACCAGAGGCAGACUUGAAAAAGUAAGUAUCCUGUGGUGUGUAUACAUGUUCAUAAUUUUUUUUUUUUCUUCUCUAUAACCUUACAUUUUUUUUUUUUUUUUUGUUUACAGAGCUAUAGCAGACACCAUAACAAACAGAUAUAAGCUGCCCGCAAAAUUCAUCACUAAUAUUGAGGUAGGUUAUGUCAUAUAGAAACACAGAGAAGUGUGGCUUAAAAGUAGUUGAUGGAACUGACUUGUGUGGAUUUUUUUUAUUUUUCUUUUAUAUAAACUCAACACUUUAAAACAAAAUUCUAUUGCUCUAACCAACUUGGUAACUGAAUUAAAAAAAAAUAAAAAAUUGCCAGAAAACACCAAGAAAUUGAAUUUUAAUGUUUAAUGAGAUGUCAUCUGCAAAAUGAUCUAAUGCUCAAAGUGGGUUUCUUGAGAAUUCACUUUCCACCACAUCAGACUGACCAAAAUAUAGUUGCUUAUUUCAUGUUUAAAAAUGACAUGAUACAAAAGAGGGGACUGGGUAUGUUGCAAGACUCAGUUCUAGAACAAUUUUCUUCUUUUAGUUUGAAGGACCGUUGAUCUACAUAGACUUGAAACAAAAUACCACAGAGAAGACACCAAAUGAUGUUGACAUAGCUGACGUUGGUUAUUACAUGGAAAAAGAUGUAAGUAGUCAAUUUAACACGCAAUGUGUGCUUGCAAGCCUGAUGUGAAUAAACUAAAGCUGAAGAAGCUUGUCUAGUAACUUAUUUUUCACUGUCUCUUUUAUUUUAUUUUUCAGGUAAAAGGCGACCCUAUCAUUCCUCUGGAUAACCCAUUCCAAAUUCUUGUCAAUGGCAAAAAUGUUCCUGUUAAAGAACCCUUAAUAUACUACAUCGAUGAGAAACCACAUGAAAUUUCUAUGAAGCGUUUAACUGCUGGCGUUAUUGCAGUCAUUGUGGUGGUUGUAGUGGCGAUUGUUGCUGGUAUUGUUGUACUGGUAAGUGUCUACUGAUGAGGAAACAGUCCAGUUGUACCCGGGAUUUUGUUAUGUGAAUAUGCAAACUGCAUGUUAUAAAUGCAGGGUUAUUACUUACUGUAUAAUCCCAGUUCUUAAUUUCUGUAAGUAAUCAAAUGUAAAUGGCAAAUGCCUUUCAGAAUAAAUGUUAAUGAAUAUUUGGCACAGUGUGUAGCACUUAAUGUACAUAUUUUGUGCCAGUCUAGAUUUCCAAAGAGGUUAUGACUGCUUUGGUAUAGCAUUACAUAUGCUAGAACAUGCACACAAUUCUUGUGCCAUUGCUCAUAAUACAACUAAUGAGCACUUGCUGGGAUUUUCAAACCAAAAUGGGUUUCAAGGGUUACUCCAACAACCAUGACCACUUCUGUUUUUCUAAGUGAUCAUUGUGGUAGGGGUCUGUGCAGAGAUAUUUGGACUCACAAUACAUGUGUGCCUGUGGGGAUAUAGCUCCUGUCUUAAUUUUUUUUUUUUUUUUUUUUUUUUUUUUUUUUUUUUUUUUUUUUUUUUUCCCAAAGGAUUAACCAGUUUUUUUCUAAGGUGUCUUAAGAAAAGUGGAGAAGACACCUUGGAGAACUGGUUAAUCCUUAAAUCCUGGACUGACUUGGGGAAAACUGACUGGCUCUUAAUGCAUUGCUGUCCCAAGUGGCUAUGUCUUGUCGUUAACUUUUAUUUUUUUUCUCUCCAUAGGUUCUUACAAGAAGAAAGAAAGGAAGAUAUGAGAAAGCUGAGGUACAUGCUUUAGUUAAUCUUACUGUGGGUUUCUUUAAGUGUAUUUUAGAUCUCUGGGACAACUGUCUAUAAAUGGUAGAACAUCUGUUACAAUCUGAAAGUACAGUUCAUAUGAAACAGCCAGUCUGAUUUGUAAUGUGUCUAAACCUGUUUUUCUUCUUUUGGUAGGUGAAAGAAAUGAAUGAAAUGCAAAAGCAACUGACAUCGUAGAAUACUCCAAAAUUACUGUAAAUGAUACAUUGUUGGGAUUGUUGCAACUCAAAAGCUUUCUCCUCAAUCAAGUUUAAACAAUCCUGUGUACAAUUUUCAUAGUUUGUAUUCAUUGUGUUUUUUUUAUAGAGUUGUGUAUAUAUUUCUGUAAACCACUUCAUUGCAAAGAGACACUUUUAUGUUGGGAUUUUUUUUUUUUUCUUUUUUGCAUCAACAAAUCUUAACAGAUGGGGUUUUUAACUUUUUGUAUAUAUUCUGAAAUGUUGUGGGUUUUUUAAUGUCAAACUACGAAUUCAAUAAAAGUGUAAAAUUUAGUUGUGUGGAUUUUGUGUAUGUAUAAUGCCACUCCAAUUUUAGAAUAGUUAAGUGACAAACUCACAAUUCUAGAGUGAGCCAUAUAUGUGAAUUGCAUUGAGAUAUGAAACACCUUUGAUCUACGCUUCCAGAAGCCUUCAAAUUUCUUCAGCUCUCUAAAAGACUUUGUGAAAUGAUUAACCUGUUUAGAGGUUACUACUAGAGUAAAAUAUAUGUAUAUA